AUGACUGAGUUCGUGGAGAUGAUCCUUGCGCAGCUGAUUGGCAACAUCGCAACUGCGCUGAUCCUCGUGCUCAUUUACUUUAACUUUCUGCUGUUCGAGAACUAUCUGCGACUCAUUGUGUGGGCCAUUCUAUGCAGUCAAGCGCUGCGUCAAGCUAAAAACAACGUCAUCUCGGUGCUACAGUAUCUCAGUACUGACGCUGACAUCAGUCGCUACGGAUUCCUCACAUGUGUCUUCUCCAAGUCGGCCGAGAUCUUCAUCAGCCACCCACACGACAGAUCACGUCGCACAGCAAAAGAGCUUUUCUUGAACUAUGGGAUCUUCCUGUUCUCGCUAAUUGGCGCCGUCUCCAUUUGGAUGCGCAUGUACUCGUGGGUGUCGUUCUUGAACGUCAUCAUUGGCUUCUCGAUCGCCGCAUUGAGUCUCAUGAAGCUGCUGGAUCGACGGAUAUUUUACUACCGUUAUUUCUUUUCGGACGAAGUGCUCGUGUCAGUCGUGCUUAUCCUCGGUUUUUUCAUCACGGGAACAUUUGUCAUUGUGUUUCUCGGAACAGAAAGUUACCUCGAAGGAAGCCGCGCAGCCACUAACUUAUCGGAGUGGGUGCAGGACAAUUUCAUCAACGACGAGCGUGCGCGGCAAGUCUGGAGUGAGCAAGUGGAGAACAGUCGUGCGAUGAUUUCGCAAGCGAUAUGUGGUAUUGAAGAUAACUUCAACGACACCAUGUGGUGGCCACCGCUCAAGAGUUUGGUCAAGACGUACUACGUGGACGCAAAAACCAGUGACGGAAACUCCACUUCUCACGCAUCGCUCUUUUCUAGCCUACGACUUCCCGAAAACAUGACGCUUGUGCAAGUUGCGACGUUCGCAUACUCGAAGGUGGAAUCAGUGAACUUGACAUCGGUACAGCUGACGGACUGGACGUCGAAAGGACUAGAGGUUAGCAGCAUCGCCGUUGGGUCGGUGGCACAGCUUGUAUUUCUCGCGUUUACGCUGGUGAUUGCGUUCGUAAGUCUCGGUGUCCGGUCUUUUUUCUUCAUUUCGUCGCUGUUCUACCUACUGUGUACAAACUGGGAUCCUAUCGAGAGGGCGUCUUCUUUUUUGCCGCUGAAAAUGGCGAGUAUCCAUGCGAUUGUCACCAUGAUCUCGUUCACAAUAGUGAAUGCUGACUUUAUGUACCUUGCCACGACAGUCACGUUUUUCAUCUCGAUUGUGCCGAUCAUCUCCCCGUUCUUGGUUUGCGUUCCCUGGGUUAUCUCAAUCGGGCUCACGUCUUCGAUCGUAAAAGCGCUUGCUCUUUUUGCAGUUCAGUACGUGGCUUUUACUGUCCUGGACGAAAUGCUCUACGAAAAGAGCAUUGUGGCAGUCAACUCUUAUGUCUCAGCACUGAGUGUAGUGUUCGGCGUAUACGUGUUUGGCUUUGAGGGUGUCAUUUUCGGACCGUUGAUCGUAUGCGGAGUAACGUUUGCGUACGACGUGUCCAAUCACGGUAUCCAAGCUGCACAGGACGAAGGCGGAAAGUCCGAGGAAGUCAAACGCGACGAUUCGUUGGGUGGCAGUGAUGGGGAAGGAUCACACAGUACGACGUCGUCUCUUGACAGUAGUGACCACGAGAAGCACAAGAAACUUGGCGACCAUUUCGAGGAGGACGUCGACGGAGAGGUGAAUACCAACAUCUUUUCGAACGCAGUUUACCGUGUUAUUUCAGGACCGCUGGUGGAUCGUGUUCGUCGCCGUCUCUCGAUCGACGUGGCUACAGAAGGGUCUGUAUGCGUGACUUUGAUCGUGGAGGGUCUGAAACGCGUUCGAAAAGUCCGUUUUGUCGUGAACAAGUCGUGGACACAACCAGCACUUCUCGAUAACAUUUGUCGAAUGUUGCGCGUCCAUAGCAUCGAAUACAUCGGCACAGAAGAUGGCAUCGAGGUGUUGUCUCCGCUUCAUAUUAAGGCCGAUGAAGUACUGCAUGUGAAAGUGCGAUCAAGACGUCGACUGCACAUGUAUUCGGACUCUCACGCGGAAUCGCGAGGACGGUUGUCAUUUUCUGUCCAAACACCGUCAACGUCUCCCAACGGGAUCAGGGCCAGUGCUCUUUCGCUAUCGCAGUCGGGCUCUCGUGACGGAUCUACGAAAAAGGUAAGUAGUGGAACGCUUUCUCGCGCAAAACUAAAGCGAAUGGGAUCCUCCAGUGCAACUGUCGGGAACACGCCUGGUGCCAAGGCAGUGCAGCGUCAGGUUCGUGUCCAACGCAGGGAUGAAGGCGUGGGCAUUCGAUUGCAAGAGGGCACGAAGAGGAGAGGAAGCUACGAUGAAACGGUUUUAUCAACUCGAGGAGACAUCGCUCCAUGUGAUUCGGCUCGAAGAUCCACGAGCAGUUCACCAUCUCGCGAAAAUGCCGCCAACGAGUCAUCUCUCAGUUCCCUGACCGCCCUGCGCUUGUCUUCGUCAACGUCGCCGUUGGCAUAUGGUGACGAGUUGUUGCUGUCGAAUGAUGACGUUUUCAUGGCAGAAGUAGAAACGUCCUCACGCGGAAGGAUGAAUGACGCAGAAGUCUUUGCUGAGAUAAGCUGCACAGCUGCUGUGUUGUCUCCCGCGACCACAAGUUCUGCAAAGGAAGGGAAGCCAAAGCUACACGUUGCAGACUUGACUGACUCCGGAGACUUUCCGACAUUUUCUGCCUCGCACGAUGCCAGUGGUCUGCAUAGUGGCUUGGGCAACGACAACAGUGCCGAUGCCGUGGACAAGGCAGCAAUUGGUACAAGACCAAACGGGGGACCGCUGACGCAAGCUAAGCACAGAGACUUGCUGAAGGUGGUUCACCUGGGAGCAACGCUGAUCGUGUCGCCGCUUGCAGUUGGCUCGAAUGCGGCGCGCAUUGGAAGUUAUUCCUCGUCAGAAGAUAAUGGAAGUGAAGGCCAAGAGGAGGAUAAGUAG